AUGGAUGCUUUCACAAUAUUGGCCCAUCCCGCUUUGUCGGGCUCCUCAGUCCUCCAUGCUUUUGCCCUUUUUGUCAAUUUCUUCUUUCCGGCCCUUGCACUCAUUGUUGUGGGCCUCCGGGUAGCCGGCCGAGUUGUUGCAGGGCAGUUUGCCAUUGACGACUGGCUCGUCGGUAUUGCUAUGCUUCUGUCUCUAGCACAGACUGUCGUUAGCUUCUUCUUUAUCAAGACCAACUUCAUUGGCAUCCCCCCUGAAAAAGUGCCCCCCCAUGACCCAACUCAGGGGCUAAUAUGGCUCUACGCGGUUCAAAUUCUCUACCAGCCAAUUCUAUCUCUGGUCAAGUCCUCUGCCCUAAUAUUCCUAUCGCGCUUAUUUGGGCAAAAGGAAUGGGUACGACGUACACUCGUGUGGUUCAACGCCGUCAAUAUCGCGCACAUGGUUGGCACUCUCUUUGCCGUGGUGCUCCAAUGCUUGCCAAUCCCCUUCAACUGGGACCCGACCACCACCAACGGCCGUGUCACAAUAACCUCUAUUAUCCGCCUUCUGCUCUUGAUUCAGGGCCUCUUCGCUCUGUCCAUCUUUCCCAGGGCCAUGAUGGACGGCAACAUCGGGUUCGUCACUUCGGUCAUCGAGACCAACCUUGCGCUGAUCACGGCCUCUGCCCCUGCCCUGCGGCCCAUCUUCCGCUCUCGGGCAAAUGGCGGGUGGUUUGCCACGGCCCGCAGCAUGGCGGUCAGCCGUAAGACGGUAUCUGACGAAAGCGACGAGGUUGAAAAGGGACUGAGGAAGAUCAGAAGUCGGAAGUCUAUUGAUGCGAAUGGCCCACCUCCUGUUGUUGGCAGUGGUGUAGGCGGGAAAUUUGGUAGAGGCGGCCGACGAGGAGGCAGAAGCAUGCGCAACAACCCUCUCUUCUCCCGGCGCAACAAGAUGGAAUGGAAGCCAAGCGGCUUCCGUGGCGACAAUAAAAUCAGAGGCGUCCGCAACCGGCACAUCAUCCGCGUGAGAACCGACCUCGUUACCCCGUUGCAGGGGCCAGCCCCCCCAUCGCCUCGUACAAGUGAAGAGCCGCUCACGCGAACAAGGAGCAACACGAACGGCGGUGUGACAAUCCGUGUCAGCGACAUCCAGCGGGAGAUAGACGGUAUUAUCAACGCCCACAAGCCCUCGUGUUGGCCUAGCUCCGCUGCUGCCUUUUCCCCCUCCUCCGGUCCCUCCUCCAAGCGGGGGCCUCCCUGCCAGGCCAAGUACCAGCGGGAGCAUGAAGGGCAGCAGAACUGUCGUGCUGGAGCAACAUUACAGCGCAAGCAUCUACCCAGACGACCAAGACAACGAGAACACCAGGCCCAGGAAAAGUGA